UAAAUCUAACCUCUCUUACAAUUAAUUACAAUACAAACUAAUUCACAUGGUAUUAUUUUGGUUGUAUUAUAAAAAGAAUACAUAAUUAAUCUCAAAGAUAAUAUUGUGAUAGCCUAUUUUGACGAUUGUAAUAUAAUUUUUUAGCGUUCUUAGAAUGGCUAACGUUCUUCUCAGUGAAGCAGAAAAGACUUUCAUUCUUCAAGGAGUUGAGGAUAACUUUAGAUGUGAUGGACGUUCCUGUAAAGACUAUCGACCCAUGGAGCUGGAGACAGACGUAGUGAGCAACGCAAGUGGCUCUGCUCGCCUUAGACUCGCAAACACAGACAUUUUAGUUGGUGUCAAAACAGAAAUUGAUGUACCAUUCCCUGAAACACCUAACCAAGGAAAGCUUGAAUUCUUUGUUGACUGUUCUGCCAACGCAACCCCUGCAUUUGAAGGCCGAGGGGGAGAGGACCUUGCUACCGACAUUAGCACUGGUUUGGCCCGAGCCUACGCUUCCUUCCCAUUGGACAAGCUCUGCAUUCUCCCAGCACUGCAGUGUUGGAAACUUUACGCAGACAUCUUGAUACUGGAAUGUGGUGGGAAUCUUUUUGAUGCCGUUUCACUCGCUGUCAAGGCAGCCCUACACAAUACUAGAGUACCUAGAGUGACAGGUGCUGAGAUGGACGGAGGCCAAGUAGACCUCACUCUGUCGGACGACCAGUACGACUGUUGGAGACUAGAUGUUACCUCAGCACCUCUCAUGGUCACCCUUUGUAAGAUUGGAGACAAUUGUGUGGUUGACCCUACAGCGGAAGAAGAGACGUGUAGUGCUGCUAGUUUGGUCAUAGCUAUCACUCCUCUCGGUAAACUGUCUUCUGUCUUCAAAACUGGGGUCGGCAGUUUCCACAGUCAAACCCUCCAAGACGCUCUCAAGGUUGGCAAAGAGAUUGGAGUCACUUUAAAUGAAGAGCUCAACAAAGUCUUAAAGUUAGAAGAAGACCUUGGUGAAAAACGUGAGCGUUAUGGGUUCUUGAAAUAAUUGAAGUAAUAUUUUAAUCAUUGUAAAUAAAAAUUAAUAAAAUCUGAA